UGAGCAAAGCAAAUACGGGUUGACUAGUUGUCAUGGACUAAACAUGUCAAGACAGUUGAUGAAGUAGACGGAUUCGUUGUUGAGUAAUUGUUGAGCGUCGCUAUGGUCUUAAAUUAUUGAAUAAACUGCGGUUGCGCGUUCCUGUUACCAAGAGACGCACAUACCCGAGACCACUGCAAAUCGACAGCACGCGCCUGAAAGUUUCACUAUUAUUGAUACCAACAAACAUGGCCACACUGAGCACGAAGCCAAGUUUACGUUACAGUGUUUCUGACUGGGUGACCAACAAUAAACAGAUCUUCGAAACGGCUGAGCACAAGCGAAACAUUUCACACGAUCUACGCCAGGAAGGAAGGGUUCUUCGCAAUGAGACUGCAAAUAAGACAAACUGGGAUAACUAUGAUAGCAGCCGGCGAUUGAGUGACAGAAUCAAUGAUGUCACACGUUGGAAAGAAAAUCUCAAAGCCUGUGCACAGGAAGUGGAUGCAGAAAUGGAGGCUCUUACUCUGUCAAAGCAGGAGACCGAACGUGCCCUGGCAGCCACCGUUCUGCCCCUUGAGGUCACAGCCGAGUGCUUGACCCUGCGGGAAGGUCGCCGUGGAAAGGAGCUGGUCAGUGACCCGGUGGAAGCCGAGCUUAAGAAAGAAGUUGAGGUGAUUGAUGGAGCACAACGGGUCCUUCAGCAGUGCAUCGAUCAGGCUUUUGAGCAACUGUGUCGCCUACAGGAAGCACGCCAGCAGCUGACCAUUGACCUUCAGGAUAAAAUCGAAGCUCUUGAGGUGGACAUGUCGUGCUUGUCUCUCACAAUACAGUCACCAGAGAUCUCCUUGAAGCCCAACCCCACUAGAGUUCCUCUAGGUUCCACAACACCCCAGCAGUGGGAGCAGUUCAGCCGCUACAAUGUUGCCCGUGCAAAGGACGAGAUGCACACUUCUAUGCAGAUAAGAGAGAAUAGCAGUCUCACAAGAGCACAGGUGCAAAAUGAUUUGGAAGCCCAGCAUAAGGCUGUGGAGUUUGCUCUCCGUAAGCGAACCCAUCACCAGGAACAAGCCAACCAGGAACUGCAGUGGCAGCUGAAAACUACUCAGGAUGAGAUUGUCGAGCUGGAGAAAGACAUUAAUGGCCUGGAGGAUGAUAUGAAGGCCAAGACGGCUCCUUUACAGCUGGUGCACACCCGUCUGGAGAACAGGACCAAGAGGCCUGGUAUGGACCUGUGCAGAGAUGAGGUACAGUUUGGGUUGGUGGAUGAAGCCAAACAACUGGAAGCUACAAUUCUGGCCCUGAAACAGAAACUAGCACAGGCCCGACACUCUCUACUGUCUCUAAAGCAGCAUGAAGCUCAAAUGAUGGAGAAUCUGUCUCGCAAGCAGGACGCCCUGUCAUUGGAGCAGCGCAGCAGUCAGACACGACAGCGCCUCAAUGUGGUUGCCCAAAGUGAAAGACUGUCUUCAGCUGUGGUGCCUUUAACCAACUCUAGUGGCAGACACAAGCUGGAUCUGGCUUGA